AACAUCACUCAAUGGCAUUUCCUUCGCAGCGCUAACAGUAAUGCUCCCGCACGGACAGCCGCUGAUCAAAGGCAACGCUGUUUAACGCGAGCAGAGCGCAUCCGGCGCAUCUGCGUGGAUGUCACGUAGCCAAGUUGAAUGCGUCGCGCAGCCUGACUUGAAGCAGGGCACGUUCUCCUGGCUAGAACGCUCCAAGUUAGAAGCCCGGCACUUCAUUAAUGACGUAGCUCUGACGUGCGGAUAAUACCUAAUGAGCAGAUUUGCCUUAUUUGUGUCUUCAGCCUAACUUUGGCUCGACCAGAGCGGACCGGGACCCCAGGAAUCAGCACCUCGGACAGAGACGCGCCGCGACGCUCGGCUUCGGAGCGACUGCGCAGAGAGCGCGCGCCCGCCGCAUCCGCCGCAUCCGCCGCGGCCAGGAUAUGCCGCGCUCCAGCCGCCGCUCAGCGCCGGGUCGCGAUGGGCUUUAGUUUAUCUGUUGCGUAACAAUAAGCAGAGAAAUGCCCUUGACAACAGUCUGCACGGAGUUGCAUUCAACAUGACGGCUGCGGACGAGAGGAGCGGGGGAAGACUCGGCGGCGAAACUUACGCAAGAACCCAGAACCUCCGCGCGUUCAACCGCCGCUAAAGCGUCUCCGCCGCGACACACGAGUGGAAGAGUUCCCCGCGCGACCAUGGGGACGAGGCACCUCCUGCUGCUGCUCAUCUACCUGGACCCGCUGGGCGCGCUGGGCGCCGCGACGGGCGCCAAGAAACCCAAGCAACUGCCCAGGAAAGCGCCCAAAGCCACCGCGGCGCCCACGGCCGUCCCGCCGCCGAAGACGCCGCCGCCGCCGCCGCCCGCCAGCAACCACGACACCUGCCGCGGCUACUACGACGUGAGCGGACAGUACGACAAGAUGUUCGAGUGCAACAACACGGACCACCGCUACUGCUGCGGGACGUGCUACCUGCGCUUCUGCUGCGAGUACAAGAAGGACCGGCUGGACCAGAAAGCCUGCAAUAACUACAACACGCCGACGUGGGUGCAGACGGCGGCGCCGUCCCCCAUCCCGACCGGCGACACGUACAACCCCAGCAUGGAUCAGACCAACACGGCGGUGUAUAUCACCAGCGGGAUCAUAGCCUUCAUCUUGGUGUUGGGGGUGUCGGCCAAAGUUGCGUAUGAUAAAGCCACGGAGCCGCCUCAGGAAAUGAACAUACACAGGGCCCUUGCAGACAUCCUGAGGCAGCAGGGGCCCAUCCCCAUAUCGCAGUACGACUGCGAGAACUUCGCGGCGAUGAACGGCUCCCCCAAAGACAACACGCCCGUCAGAUCCUCCUCCAAGAACCACUACACGCCCGUUCACGCCUCCAAAUCAAACCACGGUCUCCAUUACGGAAAAGAAAGCGUCCGGAGCAGCGGAGGCGCCGACCUUCACAACUUCAUCUCCUCUGGCUUCGUGACGCUGGGUCGAAGUCAUCAAAAAGGAGAAAAACAUUGGCCGGUCCGCUCCCAGAGCCACCAUGGUACCCAUCAGCACAACUAUAACCAUGUGGCUCUAGGUAGCCCCACACGCACACCUAAGAAUGCUCACCGAUCAUUGAGGCGUGACAACAAUCGGAUAAGCGGUAUCCUGACCUCGCAGACGGAGCCCUACGACCUGUCUUUCUCGCGCUCCUUCCAGAGCCUGUCGCACCUGCCGCCCUCCUACGAGGCGGCCGUCAAAGCCGACCUCAGCCGCUUCUCCUCCCUGAAGAAACUCACGGAUAAAGAAGUGGAAGACUACUACACUCGUAAGCGCCACCUGCCCGACCUGGCGGCAAGAGGCACUCUUCCCUUGCAUGUUCUCAAAAUGACUCAAGACCAGCACCGGGAACAGCCGCAGCACCAGAGUCAGCCCCCGCAGUCCUCCAUUUCCCAGGCACCUCCCCAGGCGCAGUCUUCUCAGCAACAGUCUCAGCAAAGGCAGAGGCCGCGGCGCGUUCAGAGAGCCAUGUCCCAGGACCGCGUUCUGUCCCCGAACAGGGCGCCGCCACAGGAUUACAGCAUUUCACCCAAUAGCAUUUCCCCGUACGGAGGCAGGAUCCUUUCCGAUGAACAGCUCCUGUCUGCCGAACGUCUACGAUCCCAGGAGCGCCUUCUCCCCAAAGACCGCCACACCUCCCAGGACCGCCUGUACUCCAAGGACUACAUGUACUCGAAAGACCGGCUACUGUCGCAGGAGCACCUCUACUCGAAAGACCGCCACUACUCCCAAGACCGCCUCUAUUCACAAGAGCGCCUGUACUCACAAGAUCGCCUCCUGUCCCAGGACCCCCUGCUGUCGCCAGACAAGCUGAUGCUGUCCCUGAAGCGCGGCAUGGUCAGCAGCGUCUCUGGCGGUUUCUACGGCAGCGACAAGUCCAUGUCGCGCGCCAUCUCGCACACCGAUGUGUUCAUACCGACCACGCCUCUAAUGGAUCGCUACAAGAUGACCAAAAUGCACUCCCAUCCCAGUGCCUCUAACAACGGCGGCGGCGGCGGUGGUGGAGGCGGGGCACAGGGGGCAGGAAACACUGGGCACUCCAACACUUUAGCCAUGAACCAGACAGCAACUAAGAGGCAGGCGUUCGCCUCCAGACGGACUCACACUGUGGAACAGCUUCACUACAUUCCACAGCACCACCAGCAGCAGCAGCAGCAGCAGCAACAGCCGCAGCACUACCGCACGGGCAGCAAGACUGAAGUGACUGUGUAGGAGAAGGGGACCCGCGGAAGGAAGCGCCGGCGUGCGUCUGGGGGGUUGUGGGGGGGUACGGAGAUACGUGGACGGUGGCCAUGUCGCCUCUGUUACCGUGGUUCCUGCAAAGUCAGAGAUCCCAAGACCAAGAACAUUCACUUACACUCGCCGAGAGACCGGAAAUAUGAGCUACACUGUACACCACACACAUGGGGCCGCGCUAGAUCUGAAGCCAGAGUCGACUGUGGAUGGGGGUCGUGGGGGAGUAGCCAGUAACUUGCCAACUAUUAUUUCCACUGUCUUGAUCACUCUAUUUAGCCACAGGCUGCGGCCUCGUUAUGUACAUGGUUUACUGAGAACACACGGAUAGCGUCUGUUUUUAGUUCAUCGGUCCCCUCCGUCCACCAGAUCUAUUCUGUGACCUUUUCUGGCAAAUCUUUAAGGGCUUUGCAUGGUUAAACACGAGAUUCCUCCAUGACGCCUGUCGUGCCACGCCACACGCGGUCAACUAGGACGACGCCUGUAGUAACUUUAUAAAUAUAUAAAUAAAAAGGAAGCAUCCAUUUGUACGCCCCGUCCUACUCUAGGCCAGAGAGCCUCGACGAGAGAAGCCGACACGGAUGUGACCAGCGCUUCUGAAGCGGUGCCUCCGACAGACGUCCCGUUUCCAAACACAAAGCGGUUUCGUGGGUUACAAAGCACAAUCAAUAAAAAUUGUUCUCUUCUGUUGUUUUUUUUUUUGGUUUUGGAGUUUAAAUAGUGAUGGUUUUGUUCGUCAAGCAAUGGCAGGUUUUCAUUUUGUUGCUUCAGUAGACGACUGUAAAUAAGCUAUUCUAGGGUCAGUACUAUGGACAAGUCUGUACUGGAUGGACUUUGUAUUAGACUGUCUGUUUUCAAUAGAUUCUUAAAAAAAACAACUAUAAAUCAUUACUGUUUCGUGAGUUCCGAAUAGAAGCCCACUUAACCAAGUAUUUGACAGGAUCAAUUAAUACUAUACUCUGUGUGUCUUUGCAACUGUGUGUAGGACGAGAAGUGGAUGAAUGUGUUGUUGAUAACAGAUAUACCACUGUUCAUAUUUGGAUGUAGACUGUGUUCCAUUGACUUCUGGGGAGUUAAACAUCAUGGAAAUGGAUUACAAUGCUUGUCAAAGUAGGAUUAAAUAAACUAUCCAUAUUUUUCUAAACAUU